AUGUGGACAAUACUCCCAAUUGGGAGGCUUGGUAAUCAGAUGGGACAAUAUGCAACAUUAUUUGCUUUGGCUAGAUUAAACAAAAGGCAAGCCUACAUUUCCCCAGCAAUGGCCAAAUCCCUGUCUCAGAACUUCAAGAUUACACUUCCCACUCUCCAGGAAGAGGUCAAGCAGAAGAUUACUUGGAAAACCUACUACCUGUCUGACUGGAUGAAAGAUAAGUAUAAGGAUAUUUCAGGAGAUUAUAUUAAUUUCGUUGGAUAUCCAUCUUCUUGGACAUUCUACCACCAUAUCCAGCAUGAAAUCCUUCGUGAAUUUUCUUUUCAUGAGUUCAUCACAGAAGAAGUCAACUUGUAUUUACGGAAUAUAACAGCAUCACGUCAAAAUGUUACGUACAUUGGUGUUCACGUUCGAAGAGGAGAUUAUGUAAAUGUUAUGCCCAAGGUGUGGAAAGGUGUGAUUGGAGAUAAAAUAUAUUUGGAACAAGCCAUGUCCUACUUCAGGAAUAAAUACAAGAAUGCUUUCUUCGUAGUGGUAAGCAAUGGAAUUGAUUGGUGUCGGGCGAAUAUAGAUGUCUCCAAAGGGGAUGUCUAUUUCUCAGGAGAUGGAAAUGAAUCAAGUCCAUACUGGGACUUUGCCAUUCUUGCCCACUGUAAUCACACCAUAAUGACCAUUGGCACAUUUGGAUUCUGGGGUGCUUACCUUGCUGGUGGGGAUACUGUCUACCUCACAAACUUCACUUUGCCCAAUUCACCCUUCCUAAAGGUAUUUAAGUAUGAGGCAGCCUACCGGCCGGAGUGGAUAGGUAUUCCUGCUGAUCUUUCACCUCUUCUGGUCAAGACGCCUUAA